CUAUGGCAAGCCGCCUCAGGGGGCGACGAGAACAGGCCCCUGCGGACUCCACCGCCCUGCCUCUGCGUACCGGCCCGGACGGCCAGCUGCAGUACUGGCCGUUCUCCGCCUCCGAUCUCUAUAAUUGGAAAAACAAUAAUCCUCCUUUUUCUAAAGAUCCCUUGCAAUUGAUCUCCCUUUUAGAAUCAGUCCUAGUGACUCAUCAACCCACCUGGGACGAUUGCCAACAGCUUUUACAGGUGCUACUGACCACUGAGGAGAAGCAGCGGGUCCUCCUCGAGGCGGGGAAGAAUGUGAGGGGAGCGGACGGACAGCCUACCCAGCUCCCUAAUGAGAUCGAUGCGGCCUUUCCCUUAACCAGGCCGGAAUGGGAUUUUGCUACUGAGGCAGGUAGGACCCAUCUUCGUCUCUACCGCCAGUUGCUCAUAGCAGGUCUCCGGGGGGCAGCUCGGCGCCCCACCAAUUUGGCUCAGGUAAAACAGGUUUUGCAGCGAGCAGAGGAAACGCCCGCCGCGUUCCUCGAGAGAUUGAAGGAGGCAUACCGCAUGUAUACGCCUUACGAUCCGGAGGACCCAGGACAAGCCACUGGUCUUGCCAUGGCGUUUAUCUGGCAGUCCGCCCCAGAUAUCCGUAAUAAGUUACAGAGGCUGGACAAUUUACAGGGGUAUACGGUCCCUGAUUUGCUAAAGGAGGCAGAGAAGGUAUUCAAUAAUAGAGAGAGCCAGGAAGAGAGAGAAGAGCGUUGGAGAAGAGAAAACAUUGAGAGGGAGGAAAGGCAGCGAAAGGAGAUGGAAGAGAGAGAAAAUGCCAGGGAUAAAAGGAGACAGAGGGAGCUUUCACGGUUGAUGGCCACUGUAGUGUCAGGACAGAGACAGCGGCAGGAUAGACAAGGAGGAGAUCGAAGAGGACCCAGGGUAGAUAAAGAUCAGUGUGCCUACUGCAAAGAACGGGGACAUUGGGCUCGGGAGUGCCCAAAGAAGCAAAAUUGGAACAGAAAUACAAGACCCCAGGCCUCAACUUCUCUCCUAAACCUAGAAGACUAGGGGAGUCGAGGCCAGGAGCCCCCCCCCGAGCCGCGGCUAACCCUACACGUUGGGGGGCACCCCGUCACCUUCCUGGUGGAUACAGGGGCACAGCACUCCGUUUUGACCAGGUCUCCUGGCACGUUGAGCGGCCGCACGGCCUGGGUCCAGGGAGCCACAGGAGGGAAGACCUACCGCUGGACCACCGACCGGCAAGUGCAACUAGCGACUGGCAAGGUAACCCACUCCUUCCUCCAUGUCCCAGACUGUCCAUACCCAUUACUGGGUAGGGACUUAUUAACUAAACUAAAGGCUCAGAUACAUUUUGAAAAGACUGGGGUCAGCAUCACUGACCCGUCGGGAAAGCCGUUGCAUGAAGAUGAAUAUAGACUACAUGAACGAAGCAAAAAGGCCCCAACCGAUAUGGAGGGAUGGCUACUCAAGUACCCCCAAGCAUGGGCAGAGACCGGGGGCAUGGGUCUCGCCGAUAGCCAGCCACCCAUAAUUGUGUCCCUGAAAGCGAACGCCAUCCCAAUCGCCGUAAAGCAGUACCCAAUGUCCAAGGAAGCCAGAGAAGGCAUAGCUCCUCACAUCAAUAGACUGUUGGAUCAAGGGAUCCUCGUACCCUGUAAGUCCCCCUGGAACACCCCUCUAUUACCUGUCAGAAAACCAGGAACGGGGGACUACAGACCAGUCCAGGACCUCCGAGAGGUUAAUAAACGGGUUGAAGAUCUACACCCCACAGUGCCCAACCCCUACAACCUCCUUAGUGGGCUAUCGCCUACCCACGUCUGGUAUACGGUCCUGGACCUCAAGGAUGCCUUCUUUUGCUUGAGGCUACACCCCAACAGCCAGUUGUUAUUUGCCUUUGAAUGGAGAGACCCAGCUCGGGGAAUCUCCGGUCAGCUGACCUGGACAAGGCUACCCCAAGGGUUUAAGAACAGCCCCACUCUCUUUGACGAGGCACUGCACCGGGAUCUAGCCGUUUUUCGGGUCCAGCACCCCUCUCUGAUUCUGCUCCAGUACGUAGAUGAUUUGCUGCUGGCGGCUACGUCAGAGGAAGACUGUCGCCGGGGUACCGAGACCCUACUCCAGGUCUUGGGGAGUCUGGGGUACCGGGCGUCGGCCAAAAAAGCCCAGCUCUGUUUAAAACAAGUGACCUAUCUGGGCUACAAAAUAAGGGAGGGGCAGAGGUGGCUAACUGAGGCCAGAAAGCGAACCAUUCUGAACAUUCCCGCCCCAAGAACCCCCCGUCAAUUACGGGAAUUCCUGGGGACCGCAGGGUUCUGCCGCCUCUGGAUCCCGGGUUUCGCUGAGUUGGCCGCUCCCCUCUAUCCCCUCACGCGGACCGGUAUCCCCUAUAACUGGGGAACGGACCAGCAGCAGGCCUUUGAGAAUAUCAAACAGGCCCUCCUACACUCCCCGGCCCUGGGACUGCCCGACUUGCUGAAGCCCUUCGAGUUAUACGUUGACGAAAGACAGGGCUACGCGAAGGGGGUGUUAACCCAGAAGCUGGGACCAUGGAGGAGGCCGGUGGCCUAUUUAUCCAAGAAACUGGACUCAGUGGCCGCAGGAUGGCCACCCUGCCUCCGGAUGGUAGCGGCGAUAGCAAUUCUGGUUAAAGAUUCUGGCAAACUGACUAUGGGUCAACCCCUUACCAUUCUGGCCCCGCAUGCUGUUGAAGCAAUCAUCCGGCAACCUCCGGACAGAUGGCUCACCAAUGCGAGAAUGACUCAUUACCAAACCUUACUAUUAGAUACCGACCGAAUCCGGUAUGGGGCCCCGGUGGCCUUAAAUCCGGCCACCCUCCUACCUCUCCCUGGCACCCCCGAACACCAUGACUGUCAGCAGAUUCUGGCCGAGGUACAUGGCACUCGCCCAGACCUCUCAGACUUGCCCCUCCCCAACCCUGAACACGUCUGGUACACGGACGGGAGCAGCUUCGUGGAGCACGGAGAGCGGCGGGCCGGAGCGGCGGUGACCACGGAAGAUCAGGUAAUAUGGUCCCAAGCUCUACCUGCAGGAACCUCCGCUCAGAAAGCGGAGCUCGUAGCUCUGACCCAGGCUCUAAGACUGGCGGAGGGAAGGAGAUUGACGGUGUAUACCGACAGCAGAUAUGCCUUCGCCACGGCCCACAUCCAUGGCGAAAUAUACAGAAGGAGAGGUUUACUUACUUCGGAGGGAAAAGAGAUUAAAAAUAAAAAAGAAAUACUAGCCUUGCUACAGGCCAUCCAUCUGCCGCGAGCUCUCAGUAUCAUCCAUUGCCCGGGGCACCAGAAAGGGGACACUCCAGUUGCAAGAGGCAACAGGAUGGCUGACUGGGCAGCGAGGGCGGCCGCCACCGAGGGAAAACGGGUCGAAGUCCUAUCGGUUGACUCUAGACCUCAUCAUGAUGACUCCCGAUGGGAAUACACGGAACAAGAUGUCAAGGCUCUGCGCUCCCUGGGAGCACGGGAAGAUCUAAAAACUGGGAAAUGGAUGUACCAAGGAAAGGUAGUGUUGCCCUACGAAAUGGGCCGCCAUUUGAUCUCCUGGCUGCAUCGCCUCACGCAUCUCAGCUACCAGAAAAUGAAAAAGCUUCUGGAACGGGAGGAAGAGGUCUACUUCUUUCUACAGAAGAACGAUCUUCUCAAAGAAAUCACCGAACGUUGUGACGCCUGCGCCAGGGUGAAUGCUUCUAAAAUCAAGCUGCCUCCGGGUAUAAGAACCAGAGGUCACAGGCCCGGCACUCACUGGGAAGUAGACUUUACUGAAAUAAAACCGGGCAAGUAUGGAUAUAAAUAUCUACUGGUUUUUGUAGAUACCUUUUCAGGAUGGCCGGAGGCAUUCCCGACAAGACACGAGACUGCCGCUGUGGUGGCCAAGAAGCUAUUGGAAGAAAUCUUCCCCCGAUAUGGGAUGCCUCAGGUAGUAGGGUCAGAUAAUGGUCCCGCCUUCAUCUCCCAGGUAAGCAGAACAGUGGCCACCUUGUUGGGGAUUGAUUGGAAACUACAUUGUGCAUACAGACCCCAGAGCUCAGGACAGGUAGAGAGAAUGAACAGAACGAUUAAGGAGACCUUAACCAAAUUAACGCUUGCAACUGGCACUAGAGACUGGGUCCUCCUGCUACCACUUGCCCUGUAUCGGGCUAGGAACACGCCCGGACCACAUGGGUUAACCCCAUUUGAGAUCCUGUUUGGGGCCCCGGUGCCUAUUGUUAAUUUCUUAGGCCCCGAUGUUUCUGACUAUGCUAAUACCCCUUCUCUACAAGCCCAUCUACAGUCCCUCCAGCUGGUCCAGAAGGAGGUGUGGGAACCUCUAGCCCAGGCGUACCGGGACCAAAGAGACAAUCCGGUCGUGCCCCAUCCGUAUCAGAUCGGAGACGCUGUCUGGGUCAGACGCCAUCAGACCAAAAACCUCGAACCUCGCUGGAAGGGACCAUAUUUGGUUCUGUUGACCACCCCUACCUCGGUAAAGGUUGACGGGAUUGCUGCUUGGAUCCACGCGAGCCACGUCAAGCCAGUCCGAUCAAACGACCCUCAGCCACAAGGAACAUGGACAGCCCAUCGCACCCAGAACCCUCUAAAGAUAAGACUCUCCCGAGUUGUUUAA